AAGUAACGCUCGCGACUGGAACUUGUUAAUAUAUCGUCAAUGGUGAUCUGCGUGUGCUUGUCAAAGUUGUUGUAAAGGAAUAUUAAAUUAUCAAGCUGGUACUCCUUCAUAAAGCGACGAGAUUAUAUUCAAUCCUCUGUCGUGCUUACAUAUGGAUCUAUAACAUGUGUAACCAACAAAUGGGUUGGGCAAAUGCUAAAUACUGGAUGGAUAAUUACUGACGGUGAAUCCAGAAACAGAAAGAGUGGUGAUCAUUUUCCAUAAUGGCGAGAAGAUAUAGAAAAAUGAAACACCCAGUGUUGACGUGGGCACAUGUAGGGAGAAGCAUUUUGUGUCUACUGAAGAUUAUAUGGCGCUAUAUAUCAUACAUAAAAUAUCUCAACCCACGAAACUUAAGUAUGAGACGUAAGAAAUCUCAAAACCCUGCAUUUGAUGAGAAUUUGGGAACCUUCCCCAAGCCGUCACUAUGGGAACUAUUCAUCGAGAAAUUCCAAAGCGAGCAAUCCACCAAGAGGCGACUACAAGAAUGGGUUCACAAUCAGAUCCCAGAAUUCCAUAUCUCCAACUUCACCGAUGCAUGGUGUGAUGGGAUAGCACUUUGUGCUUUAAUAGAGAGUCUAUACCCAGGCGCCUGCCCAAGACAUGACCUCCUUCGCCCUCAUCACAGAGUGAACAACUGCAGACUAGCACUGAAGUUGCUACAGAAGCACCUGGGUAUAACACAGAAAAUCAUAACGGCUGAGGUCAUGGCAAGUCUUGGUGGUGGAUUCGAGAGAGAGGAACAGAUAAAGGCAUUGUUAGUGAUUAUAAGAAGAACUGCUCACUCACAAGGCAAGAAAACCAAAACUCCGUCUCGUAAUUCCAACACCGCUGACACCAAUGUAACAACAGUGGUUAAACCGGGAACAAUGAACCAAUCAGACGUGUUAAGAGCAAAAGGCAGCGGUUUAAAAAUUGGCACAGUCGGAAAACGAGCCAAGUUUACAAUACUGAUACAACAAGGUGGAUUAGUUGAUCUGGAGAUAGAAAUACAAGGACCAUCAGGCGACAAAUGCUCUGAAAAGUUAAAAAGUAUGUACCCUACACGGCGAAUGAGUCAGAUGUUUGGAUCUUUGAAAGACUAUCAUCAGAAAUCUGUGUCAAGAUUAAACUCUCUUAACCAGACUCGAAACGAUACUGAUAAGAGUAUAUUGACAGAUUCAUCCGGCAACACGUACCUUAGAGAAAACUCCCUUUCUAGUUGUUCACCUUGUAGUAGUGUAGAUGGAGACCAUAGCAAACGUAUACCAUUUGAUUAUCAGUGCGUUGGUGAUGGAGAGUUCCUAGUUAGUUAUAUUCCAAGGAGCCCAGGGGAACACAUACUUAGCAUUAAAUGUCAAAACGCUGAUAUCCAGGGGAGCCCAUUUAAAGUUAAAGUUUCUGAAUAUAUGUCGGUCUUAAGAAGUGGAACUCAGUCUUUUGAAAAUUCAUUUGACCAACAUGACACCCGCACGGACUCGUUCAGUUUUCCCAGUACUGACCUUAGAUCAGUCAGUUAUAACGAUCAAGACACGAAUAUUAAUCAUACGUUCAAGUCACCAAAUAAAGGAAGGGAGAAUUUCAAAAAACUUACAAAACAAGCAACUGUUACCAGACGUCGUAUUCUCAAACGAGUAAUUACAAGAUUUGGAAGCGACGACAUUAUUCUCCAGGAUGCUAAUUCGAACACGGAAGAACCAGGAGGUUUUUCAACUUUUGAUUACCAAACGGGUCAAUCCAAUAAAACAGAAGAGAACAGACCACAUCCAAGAUCACGAUUACUUAGUUAUCAGGGAACAUUUGAAGACGUUGCUCUAAAGGCAAGUUCUACAAUUAUGAAGGAUGUCUUUAAUUCUUUGAGUACGGAUAGAUCCAUUUCGUUCAAUUCAGCGGAUGAAACAGAUCAGCAACAAAGAUUACCAGCAAUAUACGAAAGCAAAUCGUCCGAUAAAAAAACAGAAGUUCAAAAACAAAAAUCGUCCGUUGAUGUUAACGAUGAAGUGUUUCAUACCCCAGGUACGAAUGGCAAUAUUGAUAGUGACCAAACUACUGUACGUAAUGAUCAUGGCCAUAAAGAUAAAGCAACAUCAAAUGAUCCUCCAAGUGGACUUAUUGAAGCCGUGUCUAAAGUAGAAGUAAAAGAGAUUCAACCUUCCACUGCGACACGACCUCAACUGAAGAGAGUCUACUCGGUUGAGCUACAACAGCGAGGAGAGCAGGAGAGCCCAACAUUAAAAUUUAUUCAAUCUGAAAGUAUGAGCAAAUCCUGUAUGUAUAUAAGUCAAAAGGCUUUCAUGCAAAGUAUGUCAACAAUGAAUUCUGAGGAUGACCAGUUUCAGAACCAAAUAGAAGGUACACAGAAUCCAAAUACCAAACAAAAAUUAAGACUCACUAGAUCAUUGCCAGUAAUGAGCAAUAAGUGGGGGGCCGUUGAUAUUGAUGAUGUUGCAAACGCCGACAAUAAGGGAUUAGACGAUGUCAAGUUAAAGAGUGACCCCAUCAAGGACUUAGGGAGCCAAAUGGAAUCCAACGAAAUGCGUGUUGGUAAAUGGUUGAAGAGGAUGCAAUCAAAUCACAGUAUUGAUUUACCAUGUCCACCGAAUACACCGGCAGAUACACUGGACACACCAGCAGAUACACUGGACACUCCUAACCCUUUUUUCACAUUUGUAGAGCCAACCAAAAAUGAGCAUCAAUCCGAUAUCAAUGACAAGAACAACGAUACUGCCGAAAAUGAUGUGAAAAACAGUCAUAGCCAGGUGUCAAGGCAGAAUGGACAUAGACUGACUCUUAAGAGACAGGAUAUGGCGGUUCUACAGAAAGUUAGUGAAGAGAGUUCAAUGGAAAGUGACAGUCGCACCAAUCCACAUAAACUCAGCUCACUGGAGAAAGAUGGUUACGUGCAUCCGAUCCACUUGAGUUCCUCGGAUAGCGAUACACGAAAUAACCGACCCCGAAAUAGCAGUUUGUCGUCUGUAGAAGACAACAGACCAAAAACACCCGCUGAAGUAAUUGAGAAAGAGACUCAAGUUAGCAGUCACGAAAUUAAACUUGCAACUGGUUGGAUAAUGAAUGCACUUCAUGUGCGCCCAAGAAGGAAAGUACAAAAUGAAUCAGAAAUUAUUCUCGAAAACAAUGACAAGAGUACGAGGAAAGAGCACAUACCGAGUAUACUCUUACCUAGCAAUAAGCCGGAGUUAAAGAAGACGUCACAUACGGCAUCAGGCGCGUCCGCUGGAAACUCGAAACUACUACCCAUACGCCAGUCAACAGUUGAUACCAUAGACAGUGGAAUUGUUGAUGAUAAUUUGUCACAAAGGCAUAAUGGUAUACAUACACUAGGUGUACCAUUAGAACCAAAGAAACCGAUAAGUUCGCGCUUUUUAAACGGUCACAGAGUUGUACAAAGAAAGACAUACAGAGGAAACAUUACUCUUGACCCUAGAUUGAUAGCUGGGAGUAUUGACGUGAAAGCUCCUCAGAGCAGUUGGAAAAAGCGAAAUAGACGAUUUGUCGAUAAUAAAUCACAAAGCAAAUCUUCAUCAGAAGGUUUUUGCGCUCCGUCUAAAGGUGGAUUUAGAAGAAAGGUGCUCUUCUCCAAAAGGUUGCUAUAUUAUCGCAGAUCGAGUAGUAGGUCGAGAAGUUCAAGCAAACAAUCUUGUAGUGUUCAGUCCAAGGAUUCAGUUGAUUCCAGGAUAUCAGCGUCUUGGGAUUCAAGCUUAAGUAUAGCCGAAGCAGACCCAAAGCAGGAUUUCAAACUCACUGCUGGUCAAAAGCAUUCACGAGGUGCUCUAUUGGAAAAUACAAAAUCAGUUCGUAAACACAAUGAAAAUAAAGAUGAUAUUAUGUGCGAGUGCACCAAAUAUGUCCAGAAUAGAAGCUACUACAUAAACACACUUGGAAUUAAUGUCGACCAAGAACUUUGUUAUUGUGCCUCUGAUAGCAGCGAGAGUGAUGACGACAAACACGUAGGUCGUCGAUCGAAGACUUUGCAAAGACAAGGUUGCUCUACAAUUGAUUCACAUGGAAGUGAUUCGAAUUCAUAUUUCGGUAUAUCCGAGAUUGAAAGACAAGAUCUCCUUGGAGAACUAGACGCAUUUGGCAAUAUUAGUUCUCCUAAAAUGAGCCGCAAAAACUCCGUGAAAGAUUUAGAUGAAAUCAUUGAUAAACUGUAUGAAGGAACAGAGCCUUUAUCCAAUAAAACUAUAAAGGCCGACGAUUCAAUUAAUAACGACACUAGACUAGAUGAAUUCUUGACACUGCCCCAACAGUUACAAGCGAAUGGGACAAACGGCACGUAUGGACUAGAUCAGAUCACAAUUCAGAACAAAUUGGAUGUACUUGAAAAAAAUGCCAUAAAUGAUCGACUAUCUGAGUUUUUAGAAGACCUUAAUAGCAAUGGUAGGGUGAGUGAGGCUAGUGAUGAUGCAAGUGUGUACUCUAAUACAUCGCACACCGACCCACAGAGGUGUGAAGCAUACGGCACUGGUAUUAUGCAUGGCAGGGUUGCAAAUAAAAACAAUUUCCAGGUGACAACAACAGGUGGUGGUAAUGGUUCUCUGUCGGUGGGCAUACAGGGACCUAGGCCCCAUACAGUUCUAGAGACAAACGUCACAUACACAGGGGACGAUCUGUAUGAGGUCAUCUAUGAAGUAGCACAACCGGGACAUUACGUGAUUGGUAUCAAAUGGAGUGACGUAGCUAUACCUGGUAGUCCUUUCCUCUGUAAGGUUACAUAUUAGGAUACGAUAUAUACAUGUACUUCCCGGGAUCAACGUGUUAUACACUAUCAUGAGACGAUUGAUUAUUUUUCAUCAGUGUUCGACCUUGAGUGAACUAGUCUACUACGGGUCACUUCAUUCCUUCGUAAAAUCCACCAUCGAUAGGUUGAAUAAACUACACGUGCAGCCCCAAGUGGAUCAGCUUGAUAUAUUUCGUUGUGUCGACGAGAACAAAGUCCCUCUUAAAUGUGUGACUGUUUUGAUGCAAUAGAAGAAUACAUUUAUAUAUUUUCAGAGAUAAUCCAUACACCCCUACAAAAAAGAAACUGGCAUCCAUAAACAUUACUAUGUCUUAGCCUAAUAGCUUCAUAGGGAGAGGAAUAUCAUAUUUUUACCGAAAUCAUUUAUUCAAUGAGAAGAGGAUAUUUCAUUACAAAAUAUAAUUACUUGGUGCCCAUAAAAAUCUGAGAGUAACACUACCUUGUUCAUUGACAUUGUAACCAAUAUCGCCAAGUCCGUUGAUGUCUUAAAGGCUAUUGGAGGAUUACUGAGUGUGUGAAUUUCAAAUCAAUCAGACCAUGAGUUCUUAAGUUAUCACUUUUUAGUUUUAAAGUCCCAUAAUCUUUUGACAAAUUAAAAGGUGAAUUUCCUCAGUCAAUGAAUGGUUAUAUGAAUCAGAAGGAGAAGGUACCAUAUCCUAAUGCUUGUAGCAGUUUUACAUCAUAUAAUCAAAACAGAUGGGUAUCAUAUGCGUUCAUCAUCUCAACACUUUUUUAGACAACUUCAAGAAUAUUACCAAGAAAUGAAAAAUGACAAAAGAGAAAUAAUGCAUGACACCAGGACAUGGUGCAAGAAGUAACACGGCGUUAACAUUCAAAAUGUCACCAC